AUGGACAGCCCGUCGCCCUCGAUUGAGACGAUCGUCAACUACUAUCUCCCGCCACCAGACAAUGGGCCUCCUCCCAUUUACAAUGUGGCCACAGCAGGCAGCCGAAGGAUGAAAUUCGAUGCUCGCCGUCGUACCAUUACCGAUAUCCGCGGCCGGGAGAAGGAUUUCCACCUGGACACCCACGGUUUCCAAUACGUGACCGACUUCCCCAGCGCCGAGACGGCAUUCGACGACGAUGGCAGGAUCAAAACCGUCGUCUAUCGCGAAGUGGAAAAGAUGCUCAAGAAGGCGUAAGUCUGUUACAACACCAACAAGCCACAUGGAGAACGUCUCGAUUGACCCGAAGAACUCAACAACAGCACCGGCGCAACGACCGUCUUCAUUUUCUCGCACAUCAUCCGCCGCGACCCCCUCUCCAAAGCCCUGAACAUCCCGAAGGAAAUCGACGACCAGGAAAUCGUCCGCGUCGCCGCACCAGCCUGGUUCGCCCACGUCGACCAAUCCUACGACGGAGCCUGGAUCGCCCUCGACAGCAUCUCGCGCCGCGAUCCCGACCCGUCCGCCAAAUUCCUCAAAAGCAUGGCGAGAGACUGUAGAUGGGGCAUCAUCAACGUGUGGCGUCCGAUCCGACACGUCACCCGCGAGCCACUGGCCGUGUGCGACGCGAGUAGCGUUCUGGAAAGCGAUUUGCAAGAAAUGACACUCCGACCACCACGGGACGUCUCUGCCGCCGCCGAUGACGGCGACGAUCCCGCAGCAGACAACGACAAUGCCGUCCAACCCGCCGGCAGACAUUCGGCAUACAUGAACUACGGACGCAAAGUUCCAGGCCAGGCGCCGGAUCAGAAAUUCUGGGUCCUGAGGCCGAAUGACAGACAUCGAUGGUAAGUUCUGUUCUGCUCCUUCCUGAGACCUGACAUAUCCUACCACCAGGCUAACCAAAACCCUUGGGGGCCACGAAUACAGGUAUUGGCCCAGCGAGAUGACCCCCUCCGAAGCGCUGCUGAUCAAAUGCUUCGACUCGCGCACGGAUGGGCGCGCCCGUCGAGCUCCCCAUUCGGCCAUCGUGACGCCCGGCGAUCACGGUCCGCCGAGGCAGAGUAUCGAGCUUCGAUGCUUGGUCUUCUGGGAGCACGAAGCAUUGGAGCGAGACGAGGACGAACGGGCGAGGUUGUGA